AUGAAGAAAAUUCAUCAUUUAGAUACAACACCACCACUUUCAUUUUUAAUAGUGAAAAACAACUUUAAUAAUAAUAAUGAUAUAAAAGAUUCAAUAAAUGAAGAAAACAGGACAACAGUAAAGUCAAUAACAAAAUUUAAAAAAGUUCAAAUCACCAUUCUAAAUGAUGACAAAAAUGAAGAUAGUAAUGAUAAUAUAAAAAAAGAAGAUGGUAUAGGCAUUGAAGGAAAGCAACAACAACAACAACAACAACAACAACAACAACAACAACAACAACAACAACAACAACAACAAGAAAAAGAAAAAGAAUCAAUUCAACCUAAAGAUGAUGGUGAUAAUAAUGAUGAAAAAUUAUGUAAAAUAUGUUAUAAACAAUUUUCAUUAUAUACAUGUCCAAGAUGUCAUAUUGGAUAUUGUUCAUCAAUUUGUUUUAAAUCACAUAAUAGUAGAUGUAGUAAUGAAUUCUUUGAACAACAAGUUAAAGAGAAUUUACAAUUAAUGGAUAAAGUAUCACCAAAAGAUUCAUUAGAAUUUUUAAAAAGGAUGAAGAAAAUUUAUGAUAUAGAGGAUGAAAAAUUCGAUUCAUUAUUAUCAAAAUUUAAUUUACCAUUAUCAAGUAAAUCAACAAUUAAUGAUUUUGAUAAUUUAAAUUAUAAUCAUUAUGAAAAAGAUAAUCAAGAUGAUGAAGAUGAUGAAGAAGAUUAUGAUGAAGAUGAUGAAGAUAUAGAUAUUAAUGAUUUAAAUAUCGAUGAAAUGACACAAGAUCAAUUAUUAUCAUUAUUAACACCACAAGAGAUUGAAGAAUUUAAUAAUUCAAUUAAAGAUGGUACAAUAUCAAAUAUAAUUGAAGAAUGGGUACCUUGGUGGAAUAUUAAUAUUAUUGAAAAUAAUACAGAUAAAUUAAAUAUAAAUAAUAAUAAUAAUAAAAAUAGUAAAAUAAUAGAAAUUAAUGAAGUUGAAGAAAUUAAAAAAGAAGAGGUAGGGGAGGACAGAGAAAUAAAAUUAUUAUUAAAAAGAAUACCAAAUAUUUAUUCACCAAUUCAAGCAUUUUCAAAUUUUUCAAAACAACCACCAUCAAAAUCAUUAUUUUAUCAUCUCAUUGAUAUUGUAUAUAGUUAUUGUUAUUUAAUGAGAACUUUUAAUGGUGAUUGGAAUAGUAAUAGUUUUAAUAUUAAUAAUCAAGAAGAUAAUAAUUGUAUUUUAGAUGGUUGCACAUUGUUAUUAGAUUUAUCAAGUGUUUUAAAACCACCUCUUCCACAAUCAACAUCACCACUACCACCACCAAUAUCAUUUAAUAGUGUAGAAUCAGUUUUAAAUAAUUUAUUAAAGUCAAGUCAUAGUGGUGAUGGAAUUGAAAUGAAAAAUAAUCAAGGUAAUAUUUAUUUCUCUUUAUUUUUAUUACAAGAUGUAAUUACAAUUUUAGAAAAAAAAGAAUACAUUUUAUCUUUAUUUUCACAUUGUUUCCAAUCAUUUGAUUUGGCUAUAAAUAUUUUAAAAUUAAAUUUAAAUAAUUCAAUUUCAUCAACAUCAACAACAAAUAAAACAUCUACUAUCAAUAUUAAUGAAUUAAAAAAAGAAUUUCAAACUAUUUCAAAGUGUUAUGAUUUAGUUAAAAAGAAAUUACUUUUUUUCUUAUCUUGGAUUAAUGAAGAACAAUUAUCUUCAUUUCUAUUUUUAUCAUCAUCUAUAAAUAAUUAUUUUGAAAAUGAAAAAUUAAUAUUAUUAAAAAAAUAA